CGCCGUAGCGAGCGCACGUCUCCUCUGCUCCCAAACGCCCGCGUACGAUCGCGCAAAAAACUUUUCGGUGCCGUUGCGAACUGUCUUUUGAACAUCGUAAAUUUAAAAAAAAUGAACAAGACCUUUUUGUGGUGUGACUUUAUCUGAGUGCGAAGAGACUUCUCGAGUGAAGGAGUGCUUCGGAGGCUAAUUACAGGCUGCUAGGCUAAUUGGUGGGGCCGGCGUUUCAUGAAGUGCGAGAGACGGACGUCGGGUAGCGGUAGCGGUAGCGGGCAGCAGGGCAGCUGCAGCCCGCAAAUGCUGGCCAUGGACGUGACCAAGGAGUCCCGCGCAUCGCCGCUACCCGCGGCCGCGCAGACAUCCGGCGCCGCCGCGCAACCGCCACCGCAACCACAGAUCUGUGCGGGUUGCAGUAAGGUGAUAACAGAGCGCUACCUUCUGAAGGCUCUGGACCAACUAUGGCAUGAAGACUGCCUCAAGUGCGGCUGCUGUGACUGUCGGCUUGGCGAGGUCGGUCACACCCUCUAUACGCGCGCCAACCUCAUACUCUGCAAGAGGGAUUAUUUGAGGUUGUUCGGCAACACGGGAUACUGCGCUGCGUGUAACAAGGUGAUCCCUGCGUUCGAGAUGGUGAUGCGCGCGCGCAGCAAUGUCUACCAUCUGGAGUGCUUCGCUUGUCAGCAGUGCAAUCAUAGAUUUUGUGUGGGCGAUCGCUUCUACUUGUGCGAGAACAAGAUCCUGUGCGAGUAUGACUACGAAGAGCGACUGGUGUUCGCCAACAUGGCGUACAACCCGCCGCCGCUUGCGCACCUCAAACGGCAGACCACCCAUCUUUCUCCACCCCCGACAAGCAACGCGAUGAGCCUAAUGAAUGGAUCUGGUCGCUCUGGUGACAUGAACAACAACAUGUCGGGCUCGAGCACGGCUGCUUUCGUGCCCCCGCCGCACCUCAAACCGCUCGGCCUGUCGGCGACCAGCUGAGACUACCGCGUCUGAGAUACGGCUCACCCAUACGCCAAGUAUCAUAACUAAACCACUAAGACUAAUGUCGCUGAAAUGUGUCUGUGUUAGUAUUGGCUUGGGACAAACAAAACAUCAUUUAUGUGUCGUGUUUUCGUAUUAAAGUUUGCGACAAUGGGUGAAGACUAAUCGUUACUCAGUGUUCGGAUUGACGCAAUGACUACUUUAACUAAUUUCGUUGAAAUGUGUCGGUAGGUUUCGGUCAAUAAAAGUGGCGAAGUGUUUCUGGUUAAAUAAAUUGGAUAAACGUAGUGCAACGAACAUUUAUAAAAUCGUAUUGAUGUGAAUUGUUUAUUCUACGUGUUAUUGUAAUUAUGCCAAAACUUAUAUAGUUAACGAUCUCUGUAUCUUAGAAGAUAUACUUCGAUAUUUAAUCGUAAUAAUCGUGUUUUUGUUCUCUAGAGAUCUCAGAAGGGCAGUUCUAAAUAAAUUAAGUGAAUAUAGAAGGAUGCGGUUUUAUAUACCGAGUAGUAACGCAUGUGUUAAGACUGUCAGUCGUUGUAUUGUUAAUGUAAAUAUAUAAUAUUUUUACUUACUUUCUAUAAUAGAGAUCACUCAUUUAUGUAUUAGUGAAGUGUUCGGUGAGUAGAUGACGUGUGUCGAACAAAUUGAAAAUUUUAUUUUUAAAACUAAGUUCAUAUAUUUUUGGCUUAGCCAUACAUUUAUUAUUUCGACUCUCUCACUUUGUUAUUUCUUUUUGUACAUUGUAAAUUACUGUUAAGUUUAUCCAUAAACAUUGUUAUAAUGUUUGUAUUAUUUAUGUAAAUACAACUAAGUA